AUGAAUGAAUUUUACAACCCAAAGGAAUCAUUACAAUAUACUUCAGAAGAUCUGCGCUCGCUAGCUGCAGAUAGUUCUAUCGUAUUUCCUCAUUUUUCUAAAGGAUUCACUGAACAACCUCUAAUUGCAAUUCAAGACGAAAAGAAACCCAACGAAAACAAGGCCAAACCAGCUGUAUAUAAAGUUGCUCCAGCUGCUUUCGAGCCGCUUAAGAUAGAAAAGAAAGAUAAACCUAAAAACAACAAACAAAAGAAAGACAAGCAUAAUAACAACAAUAACAAUAAUAACAAAGCCACAAUUAACGCAGCAAAUGUGGAACAACCACCAAAAAAUAUUUCACCUCCAAAAACAACAAAAUUAGAUUUUCAUUAUAUAGUUUCUAAAGAUACACCAGAUCCAGCAAAGAACACGCGUCAAUCCCCAUCGAAUCAGCCUAAAGAAAAGCUUACAAAUCUUCAAAAUCAAGAAGGUCAAAAGAAAUUACUUCCUGCGAUGCUUCCUCAAGGAGUUUCCAUUGGAGCAAGAGCUCCUCCUAUCUAUGCCGGUAAAGAUUUGGUAAUUAAAAAGAACGCUGAAGAUUUAACAAAAUUAUCUCGAGGAAAUUCCAUUCCAACGCUAAACGAAGAAGAGCAACAGAAUGCAAAUCGUGUACAGAUAUCACGCCCGCAGUCAUCUCCUCCAAUUUCCGGACCAUUCAAAAUUGACCCUGCGAAAUUACAAAAUUCUCAACUGAAACCGAUGAAUAUUGUUACAUCUCAUGCAGAUACUACUAAUGCGGCACCUGCUGUCCCUGUAAAUAGUAAUAAUUCUAAGAAUAAUAAAGAAGAUGUUCCAAAGAAGCAAAAGAACAAAGGCAAAGAUAAUAAAGAUGGCAAAUCCUCGCAGAUAAACAAUUUCCAAGACUUGCCACCAGGAUUUGGCGGAAUUGUUGAAGAAAAGCCAAUCGAAGAGCCUCAUUUCCAGCCACUUAACAAGGAAAACAUUGUUUCCGAGCAUUCUGAACCGAAAUUGAAGCUUGAUCCCAAAGAUUUCCAGCAAAAACCAGAAAAGACUGAAACUAAUAACAAUAAAACCGAAACCAGUGAAGAAUGUCCGCCAGGAUUUGGCCAAACAGAAAAAGUCCAAAAUAUUGUUCAAAAUUCUCCACCAGGAUUCGUUCUUGACCCAAGAAGUAUUCAGAAACCAGCUGAUGACAAUUUACCACCAGGUUUUGGCCAACCAAAUGCCAAAGAAAACACAUCUCAAAAAAUUGAAGAAAAUGAAGACCUUCCACCUGGAUUUGGAUCGACAGAAAACGUUCCCAAUGAUAAUAUCAAUACACAACAAGAGAACAAGCCAUCAGAACCUGUCCAAAAUAAUAAUAUUUUAGAUGGACCGCCAGGAUUCACUCUUUCGCCAGCAAACAUUCAGAAACCUGCUUCUGAUGAAAUGUCACCUGGUUUUGGUCAGCAAGAAGAAGCCAAAACCGAAAAUACAACAAAUAAUGAAGAUCUUCCACCAGGAUUUGGCCAAACAGAGACUACCAAUACAAAUAAUGCAAGUACUGAAGCUAAUGCCCAAGAAGACAACGAUCUUCCUCCAGGAUUUGGAUCAACUGAUCCGAAAUCUCAAGAAAACAAUGUUAAUUCAUCAACUGACCAACCAAUUAAUGCAUCAAACAUUGUUUCUCCAUCAGUUUCCCCACAAAACCCAACAGAUGAAAAUAAUAUUUCAGAAAUCCAGCCAAAAGAACAAAUUCCAGCAGAUAUCGACAACGAAGAAGAUGACAUUUCUCAAUCAGACCAAUACGACAACUCUUUUUCAGAGCCAUACUACGAUCCAAACCUUGGCGACAUGUUUGAUGACUCUUCCGACAGCGACAACCAACCUCCUGGUUUCCUUUCUCCAUCAAUUGCCUCUGAUUACAGUAAUUCAUCAUCAGAAAGCGAAGAUUACGACGAAAUCGAAGUUGUCUGUGAUUACAACGGAGUUAUUGGAUUCAUUACAAAGACAUACACGAAGAAAGUAAAUGUCUUUGUUUUGUUGAAUAAUUCCGAAAAGUGGCAAAUUAUUGAUCUUCACGAAAGAGUUCUUUCUGGAGCAGUUGUUGGCCAUGCAGUUAUUGUAUCCACCACGAAAUCAUUGUAUACAAUCAACGCCGAGUUCAAUGUCACAAAAAUUGAAGAUGAAUUCAUUUACAAAAAUUUGAAAUCAGAUCCAAAUGCUCCGAACAGAUUCUUUGCAUUGUCAACAAACAGAGAAUUAUUUGCUGUUGUUAUAAAAGAACAGAACAAACUUGAUAAAACAAAAAUAAGCGAACAAGUUCGUUCAUUUGAUGCAUCUUCUAAAUACAUUGCAUGUAUGACAACUGAGAAGAAAGUAGAAGUUAGUGAUCGCACUGGAUCAUCAUUCUUCCCCAUCCAGAAAUUCAAAUUCAAAUCAUCAUCAAAGAUAUAUUUAGAUGACAGUUCAUUAUAUUGUGUUCCCAUUGAAAACAACUUCCCUCUUCAAUACAAGAUCCUUUCAUCAGAAGAACCAACAUCACUCAUGAGUGUUAAAGGUAUAUGGUCUACUAUUGGUGGUGUUUCUUUCUUGUCUGAUACUUUGUUAAGUCAUGGAUCAUUUACAUCAAAAAUUGACUCUGAAUUUGUCGGUUUCGCUUUUUACAACGAUAAUGUUCUUGAAUGGAUAAGUGUUGAUGAGAAACCUGUUAUCAUGCAAAUAGAGAAACAGGCGAAUGCUAUUGAUAGCAAAGCAGUUGCUGAACUUGCAAAAUGCGCUGAGAAGUUCUUUGAUCACGUUGACAGCAAAGUCAAAGAAUAUAAAUCUCAAAUUCAGAAUUUGAUAAAUGAUUACAACACAACAAUUAAUGAUUCUAACAUGGCUAUCAAUAAAUUAACAGAAGAAGUAAUUGAACCAUACGGUAAACUUGUUUCUGUUGUUAAUUCUAAUGGAUUGACACCGACAUCAUGCGUUUCUUUGCUUGAAAAAGAUUUCGAAAAAGGAAUUGUUUCCGCUUGUCAUAAUAAUUUCAUGAAAUUCUUGUUUUCAAGUGGAAAAUUGUCGAAACAAAUGAAAGAAAAAGAAUUAUCACAACCAAUACUACUACAAGUUCUUCCUGAACUUAUAAAUAUGCUGUCACAAGGUGAAGAUUGCAUAGAUUUGGUUUUGAAUGUCUUCGGAAAAAUUGAUUUUGAUGAUAUGAUGAAUAAGUUUGCUCUGAUUUCUACGAAAGAAAAAUUGAUUGAUAUGAUCCAAAAAACUAUUCCGCACGUGAAAUCUCUUUACGGAGAAAAUGAAGAAGUCAAGAUAAACGAAAUAAUACAAAAGAUUGGAAACUUAUGUUUAAUAUAA